UCUAUCCUCAUUCCAACUAGCACAAAACCACUCCAGCCAGCUCGAUUCAAUACCGAAAUACUCACUAUGAAGUUCUUUGCUAUUCUCUCCGCUGUCCUCGUUGUAGCCUUGGGCGUCACCAGUACCACUGCUGCUGCUGCUGCUGCAGAUAUUGCUCCUGAUGCCAACAGUGCUUGCCGCUGCCCGAAGAAUUGCUCUCACAAGUACGGAAGCUCGUGCAAAUUCUACGACAAUGGGAACGUUCUUUCUGGCUCUUGUAUCAAUGGAAACGGUGGGCUCACUUGCGCCACUUGAGUGCGGUCCUAUGAAAGUAUGCCAGUACUUGCCGGGGUAGCAGUUUGUAGCUGUGACCCAAUAGUAUUUUGUUUGACGAUUUUGUACCGUAACGUUUCGAAAAUUGAAAACCAUUAUGUUUAGACCUGA